AUGGGAGCGCUUUGUCCAGCACCAGUUGAUCCAGGUCAAAUAUAGAAACAAGGUUUAACAGUAUACGGGGAUUACUUCACUCCUGAGACAAGAUCGAUUAUGAUCAUGAUUUAGAUGGGAGGCAUACAGCACGAAUUUCAGCCAGUGGACUAGUUCAAGGGAGAACAUAAGCGAGAAGAUUACAUUAAAUUAAAUCCCACGGGGUCUCUGCCCACACUGACAGAAGGAAGAUUUUUGGUGCUUGGAGGGUACGUUGUGUUCCUGAACUAUCUAGUAAAUCACCACAGACCCAUCAAGGAGAAGCUUUACCCCCCUGAGUUCAAGUAGCAAAUCGACAAAAUCCUUCUGUGGUUCUAAUCCAUUAUGCGCGUCUGCAGUUAAAGACUUAUAAGAAUGAUUAUUGGCCCUCAAGCCUUUGGAGAGAAAUAGUACUCUCAAGACGACAUCAAGGAAACCCUGGAUGAAUUUUUCACUUAGAUCAUAGCUAUGUUAGAUAGGAAAUUGUAGAGAUAUGAGUACUUGUGCGGAGAUGAUUAUACAGUGGCGGACAUUCAACUGUAUAACGAGAUAUUUACUGUGCUAACCCUGCAUAAGAAAUAAUUAGAGAGUAGAGAGUAUCCCAACGUAUUCUCGUGGUAUAAUAAAUUAUCAGGCAUCCCAGAAAUAUAAGAAAGCAACAUGAAGUUCAAGGAGAUUGUUAACAAGUAUAAUCUCGCUUGA